AUGUCGUCGCGAAAACCUGCAGACGUCGCAUCGAAAGAGCGGAACGAGUAUAUCCCCGCUUUCAUCUCGAAGAAACCGUUCUAUAUCGACGACGACGACUCCGCAAAUGACUAUCUAGAGCAUCAACGUCUACAUAAAUCAACGACAGACCAAUCGAAAUGGUACGAGCGUGGAAAGCGUGCAGGUCCAGCCGCCACCAAAUAUCGCAAAGGCGCUUGCGAGAAUUGCGGUGCUAUGACCCACAAAACUAAAGAGUGUCUAAGCCGACCGAGAAAACAAGGUGCGAAAUGGACGGGGAAAGAUAUUCAAGCGGAUGAAGUUAUACAGAACGUCGACUUAGGCUGGGAUGCUAAAAGAGACCGGUGGAAUGGCUACGAUGCGGGCGAAUAUCAACAGGUGGUAGAGGAAUACGAGGAAUUGGAGAAGAUAAAACGGCAGGCGAAGAUUUCAAAUGGGGAAACAGAAAACACAAAUGAUGGUCUAGACGAGGAAGCUCCGGAGCAGGAAGCUCGGUAUGCAGAGGAAUCCGAUAUGGGGAGACAACAAAGCACGGCCACUCGCAAUCUGCGUAUUCGAGAAGAUACCGCGAAGUACCUUUUGAACCUUGAUUUGGACUCAGCCAAGUACGAUCCGAAAACGCGACGCAUGGUAGACAUGGGCGCUGCAGAGGAUCAAGCUGCUGCUCUUGUCGCGGAAGAGAAUUUCGUUCGCUCGUCCGGAGAUGCGGCGGAAUUCGAGAGAGCUCAACGAUACGCGUGGGAGGCGCAAGAACGCGGUACACAAAAGAUCCAUUUACAAGCGAAUCCAACCUCUGGCGAAAUUUCGCGAAAGAAAGAAGUAGCCGAGACCGAAGCUCAACGCGAUGCGCAACGGAAGGCGCUUCUCGAUAAAUAUGGUGGUGAACAGCACCUCCAGAAAACUCCUCUCCGUGAUACAAUGGUGAUUGAGAAUGAGCGAUUCAUUGAGUAUGAUGAAACAGGGGCAAUCAAAGGCGCACCGAAGAAAGCAGCCAAAUCUAAAUACCCUGAAGAUAUCCUCACAAACAAUCACAAAUCUGUAUGGGGUAGCUGGUGGCACGAUUUCCAAUGGGGUUAUGCUUGCUGUUUCUCAACAGUCAAAAACAGUUAUUGCACUGGCGAUGAUGGGAAGCGAGCAUUUGAAGAAGCAGGGAACAUGCUCCUACUACCUGAAACCGAGAUUGAGAAGCCGCUGCUAGAUGCCAGUGAGACUGCAGGUUCGCAUAAAGAUGAAAAUCCAAAGAGCCGGAAUCAACAAGAUUCAACUGCAAAGAAACGAACGCUUAUGGAGACGCAAACAGGUAUUACGGAGGAGGAAUUUGAGACAUAUAAGCGCAGCAGACUGGCAGCUGAUGAUCCUAUGGCUUCUUUCAUUGGAAAGGAUGAUGCUGAAUAG